AUGAGUCCACAACCAGUUACUCUUCAUUUAAGAGCUGAAACCAAACCAUUGGAAGCUAGAGCAGCUUUGACUCCAUCCACUACCAAACAAUUACUUGAUGCUGGAUUCAAAGUUUAUGUUGAAGAAAGCUCACAGUCCACAUUUGACAUCAAAGAAUAUGAAGAUGUUGGUGCUGAAAUUGUCCCUGAGGGUUCAUGGAAAGAAGCUCCUAAAGACCGUUUGAUUAUUGGGUUGAAAGAAUUGCCUGAAAAUGAGACGUUCCCGUUGGUACAUGAACACAUUCAAUUUGCUCAUUGUUAUAAAGAUCAAGCUGGGUGGGAAACUGUAUUGGGUAGAUUCCCUGCUGGAAAUGGAACCUUGUAUGACUUGGAGUUUUUAGAGAAUGACCAAGGUAGAAGAGUUGCCGCUUUUGGAUUUUAUGCUGGUUUCGCAGGUGCUGCUAUAGGUGUAUUGGAUUGGGCAUUCAAACAAACUCAUGGCGAUGAUGAAAACUUACCUGGUGUAACUCCAUAUCCUAACGAAGAUGCUUUGAUUAGUUAUGUCAAGGGCGAAUUGCAAAAAGCAUUGGAGAAAACAGGCGGUAAGUACCCUACCGCUUUAGUCAUUGGUGCCUUGGGUAGAUGUGGGUCUGGUGCUAUUGAUUUUUUCAAAAAAGUUGGUAUUCCUGAUGAAAACAUUGCCAAAUGGGAUAUGCAGGAAACAGCCAAAGGUGGACCAUUCAAGGAAAUUGUUGAUUCAAAUAUUUUCAUCAAUUGUAUAUACUUGUCACAGCCAAUUCCUCCAUUUAUCAAUUAUGAGAGUUUGAAUGUUGAUGAUAGGAAAUUGACGACUAUAGUUGAUGUUAGUGCUGAUACAACCAACCCACAUAAUCCAAUUCCAGUAUAUGAAAUUGCCACUGUUUUCAAUGAGCCUACUGUUGACGUUAAAACUACAAAGGGUCCUAAAUUGUCUGUAUGUUCAAUUGACCAUUUGCCAAGUCUAUUACCAAGGGAAGCUUCUGAAUUCUUUUCCAAGGAUUUGAUGCCAAGUUUGUUGCAAUUACCUGAAAGAGAUACUGCCCCAGUUUGGGUUAGAGCUAAACAAUUGUUUGACAAAAACGUUGCCAGAUUACCAAAAAAUUAG